CAUCCCGCAGCAUGCGGCCGAGGCUGGCCCUGGGGGCCCUCCGCCUGGUCCGGGCCCUCGGCGGCAGCAGCAACAGGGGCAGCGGCCUGCUCGGCCGGACCCCCGCCACCCGCACCCACCCCGGGACCGUCAGAGACGUUAUCCAGAAUUCAAAAGAAGUUCUAACUUCAUUGCAGCAAGGAAAUCCUACCUUUAAGCCAGUACUUGCUAUUGUCCAGGUAGGAGAUGAUCCCUUCAUGCAGGAAAUAAGCCAGAACAUGGCACAGGAGGCUGGUUUGACUAUUACUCACAUUUGCCUUCCUUCUGAGAGCAGUGAAGAUGAGAUUAUUGAUGAAAUCUUGAAGUUCAAUGGUGAUGUCAAAGUUCAUGGCCUGACUCUCCAACUCUCCAGUGGCUCAUAUAGCAAUAAAAUACUGAAUGCUGUGACACCUGAGAAAGAUGUGGAUGGGGUGACAGAUGUAAAUCUGGGAAAAUUGGUUCGUGGUGAUGCUCAUGAAUGCUUUGUGUCACCUACUGCCAGAGCUGUCAUUGAACUUCUUGAAAAAUCAGAUUUAGCUAUAGAUGGAAAGAAGGUGUUGGUCCUGGGGGCUCAUGGAUCGCUAGAAGCUGCCGUGCAGUGCCUGUUUCAGAGAAAGGGUGCCAUGAUGAUGAGCUGCCAAUGGAAAACACAGCAACUGCAGACGAAGCUACAGGAAGCUGAUAUUGUGGUCAUUGGCUCUCCCAAGCCUGAGGAAAUCCCCAUCAGUUGGAUCAGACCAGAAACUACUAUUAUCAAUUGUUCCCGUGAUUUUCUAACAGAGAAACAUGAAUUCAGCCACUCAAAUUCUCAGUACGGUGAUUUGGUCGUUGAAGAGGACAUUAGCAAACUUGCAGCAGCUCUGCGGAUUCAGAAUGUUGUAAAUAGUGGUAGAAGAUGGCUUCGUGAACAGCAGUAUAGAAGGUGGAAACUCCAUUGUUUGAAACUACAGCCUCUGUCACCAGUACCCAGCGAUAUUGAGAUUUCCAGAGGACAGAGUCCAAAAGCUGUUGAUGUGCUUGCCAAGGAGAUAGGAUUGCUUGCAGAUGAAAUCGAAAUCUAUGGUCAGAGCAAAGCCAAAGUACGUUUGUCCCUGUUAGAAAGGUUAAAGGAUCAAGCAGAUGGAAAAUACGUUUUGGUUGCUGGGAUUACUCCCACGCCCCUUGGAGAAGGGAAAAGCACUGUCACAAUUGGACUGGUCCAAGCACUGACAGCACACCUGAAUGUUAAUUCCUUUGCUUGUCUGAGGCAACCUUCGCAAGGACCCACCUUUGGAGUUAAAGGUGGUGCUGCAGGAGGUGGCUAUGCUCAAGUUAUCCCAAUGGAGGAGUUCAAUCUUCACUUGACUGGAGACAUUCACGCCAUUACUGCUGCAAAUAAUUUGCUGGCCGCUGCUAUUGACACCAGGAUUUUGCAUGAAAGCACUCAGUCAGAUAAAGCCCUAUAUAAUCGGUUGGUUCCAUUAGUGAAUGGUGUGAGGGAAUUUUCAGAAAUUCAGCUUGCUCGACUGAAAAGGCUGGGCAUUAACAAGAUGGAUCCAGGCUCACUCACCGAUGAUGAGAUGAGUAAAUUUGCUCGUCUUGACAUUGACCCAUCCACCAUAACUUGGCAAAGAGUGCUGGACACAAAUGACCGAUUUUUGAGAAAAAUAACAAUUGGGCAGGCAAAUACAGAGAAGGGAUUCUUUCGUCAGGCCCAGUUUGACAUUGCUGUGGCAAGUGAGAUCAUGGCCGUGUUGGCAUUGACCAACAGCCUCGCAGAUAUGAAGGAGCGACUUGGAAGAAUGGUGGUGGCUAGUGAUAAAAGUGGACAACCUGUAACCGCGGAAGAUUUAGGAGUAACUGGAGCUUUGGCAGUUUUGAUGAAAGAUGCAAUUAAACCAACUCUUAUGCAGACAUUAGAGGGGACACCAGUCUUUGUGCAUGCAGGACCCUUUGCUAACAUUGCACAUGGCAGUUCUUCUGUGCUGGCAGACAAGAUUGCCCUGAAAUUGGUUGGAGAGGAAGGUUUUGUGGUAACUGAAGCUGGUUUUGGUGCUGAUAUUGGGAUGGAGAAAUUCUUCAACAUCAAGUGCAGAACUUCUGGACUCAUUCCCAAUGUGGUUGUGCUGGUUGCAACAGUGCGGGCUUUGAAGAUGCAUGGAGGCGGGCCAAAUGUCACUGCUGGUGUCCCGCUUAAGAAAGAAUACACAGAGGAGAAUCUACAGCUGGUAGCUGAUGGUUGCUGUAAUCUACAGAAGCAAAUUCAGAUUGCUCAGCUGUUUGGAGUUCCAGUUGUGGUUGCCCUAAAUGCCUUCAAGACCGACACACGUGCUGAGAUUGAUUUGGUGUGUGAGCUUGCAAAACGGUUUGGAGCUUCCGAUGCAGUGCCCUGCCAUCACUGGUCAAUGGGAGGUAAAGGGGCAGUGAACUUGGCUCACGCUGUGAGAGAAGCCGCCAAUAAGAAUAACCGCUUCAGAUUCCUGUAUGAUUUGGAGCUCCCCGUUGUUGAUAAAAUAAGGACUAUUGCCCAGGCCGUCUAUGGAGCCCAGGAUAUAGAACUAUCUCCUGAAGCAAAAGCAAAAAUAGACCGGUACACCCAACAGGGCUUUGGACACUUGCCAAUCUGUAUGGCAAAAACCCACCUGUCUCUCUCCCACCAACCUGAGAGGAAAGGAGUACCCACAGGCUUCAUUCUACCAAUUAACGAUGUCCGCGCCAGCAUUGGGGCAGGAUUCAUUUACCCUCUGGUGGGAACGAUGAGCACCAUGCCAGGACUGCCUACGCGCCCCUGCUUCUACGAUAUAGACCUGGACACGGACACGGAGCAAAUUAAAGGCUUGUUCUGAAAAACGGAAUUUGCCGAGGACCCAGAUUCAGACUUCAGAAAAUCCCAGUGGCUCCAACCCCGUUCCCGUCAGGUGGAGCGAAGUUUGCAUUAUUGGCUGCUCUGGAACUCUAUGGCAUUGAAUAAGCCAAAGAUCUCUUAGUUGUUUGAUUACUUUUAAUACGUUGUAGUAAAAGCUAAAAUCUUGUUUUUAGGGGGUUUAAUGUGGGGGUUUUUAAUCUUUUUUUUUUUUGCUUAGCUAAUUUGUUUCCAUUUCUGCAAUGUUUACAAUAUUGCCCUUUGCCUAUACAUUAGAAACUUUGUUUUUUGAAGACUGGGGGAUUGAAAAGUAUGAACUAAAGGUAAAAUUUUCCAUCCUGUUUUCUAUCAUAUCUUUGAUUUGCAAAUAAAAUAUGUAAUCAAAAAAAAAA